ACAAAAAUGCGGAUAUAUUUUUUCCUGUGCAGUUUUUUUCUUCCUGUUCAAAAUUUACAAGAGGAAUCUAGUUUUAGACACACUACCUGGGACUUACCAGCAAAAGUAAGAGUGGGUGGAGGAGGAGUGAGAGAUGGAAAAGAUAAUUUUCAAGUCAGACAGUUUAAGCCUCCGAAUACAAGGCUUCUACCUCCUCCCUCCAACACGAUAUUACCAGCCUCCAAUCCUAUUUUUCAUCCUCCGAGAUUCAGACCUUCUCUGAGAGGACAAACUAAGAAGGAGCUAAAAAACACGCGAACUUUUCGGCAGACCUCAGCAGUUAGAUUAAACCCGCAGAAUAUAAGAAAUCCACCAAACCGUCUUAAUAAUGGUUUAUCUUUGUCUGGUCCUCAGAACAAUAUUCCCUCUGCUGUUAAUAACAAUGGAAAUAUUCCAUCUGGUGUUCAGAACAAUGGCAUUCCGUCUGGUUUUCAGACCAAUGAUGUUCCGUCUGGUAUCCCGGACAAUAGCAUUCCUUUUUCUGGUAUCAAUAACAAUAACAAUGGCAACAUUUUGCCGGCUCUUCAGAACAAUGGCAACAUUCCGUCUGGUGGCCAGAACAUUGGCAGCUCUAUUUCUGGUGUUCAGAACAAUGGUAACACUUUGUCUGGUGGCCAAAACAACGGUCUAUCUCAAUCUGGUAUCCAGAACAGCAUUAUUGCUCCGUCUGGUGUCCAGAACAAAGACAUCUCUCUGUCUGGUGUCCAAGAUAAUGGCAAUAUUCUGUCUUUUGUUCCGAACACCAAUAGCAUUCCUCCAUUAUCAAGUAUUUCUGAUAAUCAAGUACAAUCCUCCUCUGAGAUACCAGAACCGAUAGUAGUGGAGGUACCAGGAGCAACAAUAGUACCAUUUUCUCCCAAUACGUUCACCAAUCCAAGUGAGGAGUUUGUAUUCGAGGAUGGACCUGGUCAACCCUGUUUCUUAAGAGAGAAUUUGGUACAAUGCCGCAUUUUCUUGUGUAGGAUGGUGCGACAGAUGAUUUCGACAGUGUCGACGUGCUACGCAUAAAAUUAAGCUAUUUCGACAUGCUAUGCAUAAUUUUUUGAAGUGCUACCGGCUAUGCAUUAUGUGCGACGGUGCCAAGGUAUAAAGUUCGACCGUGUCGAUGUGCUACGCCGAUUGUUCGACAACACAUAUAUUUCACAAAAACAGGAUUGUUCAGUUGGUGUUCUGUCCUGAUUUUGCCUUAAAUGGUCUGUACAGGUUCAAAGUCGGCCCUGUACUUGAAAUGACCCGAAGUUUCCAGUGACAGGGCCUUAGUGCUAUUUAUAAUGUUUGACAGUGAUUUGUAACGAAGCGUAAUGAAUAGAUUUUUCAAACGAUCUGUGACAGCGUACCUUGAAUGUUUAUGUACACUAAGUAAGUCGGUUGCAGGGUACAAAAUCUUCGCCAGUUAAUAGUGACACGUUACUACGCAAACGCAUAAACUCUCAAUGAUGCCUGAAAUCUUUAAAAGUUGGUAUAAUUUUCUUAUUUGAUGCAAAGCUCUAUAUAAAGAUGAUGCAGUAGGAAAUUUAUCCAACUUUUGUGUACAGCUGUAUUUUACGUCAUUGGUUAUUUUGGUUGCUUGAGCGUUCAACAAUCAACAUUAAAACCUUAGUUAUUUAACACAAUAGUAAAUGUUUUGUGCUAAAAGUGAACACAGAUUGAAAAUAUUAAAAUGUAUUUCGAUCAUUAUUAUAUCAUUUGUUGGAUAAAAGGAUCUUUUGUUAAAAUAAACCUGAAUUUGUAUGAAAAAUAGCCAAUAAUCUUGAAUGAAAAUUUUCAAAUGCUGUCAAAUAUGUUUUUUCAAGUGCUACGGAGUGACAUUUUAGGCAGACUAAACGUAGAUUUUAUAUAGAGAGUCAUUGGUUUGAUGUAACAGCGUAUUGUUUUUAUUCUUGUUGUAUAUAUUAUUGUCUACCAUCAUUGAAAUUAUUAUUAAUUUGCUUUAUACUACAUAAAUAGAGUUUAAUAGUAGUAACUAUAGUAAAUAGUGGAUGAAAUAUAAUAUUCU